AUGGGUGUACCCUUUGACUACGUGCCGGAGCGGCCGGAGCACAUCGAUGUGAUACUGAACGGGCUCGACCGGUACAACCCCGAGACGACGACCGUAUUCCAGGACUACGUGAUGCAGCAAUGCGAGAACCAGACAUACGACUGCUAUGCGAAUCUGGCACUCCUCAAGCUAUACCAAUUCAACCCCCACCUCACCCGCGACGAAACCAUAACCAACAUCCUCACAAAAUCCCUCACCGUCUUCCCCUCUCCCGACUUCUCGCUCUGCCUCUCGCUCCUCCCCUCGCACAUCCUCGCGCCUCUCUCCUCCUCCCCAGCAACCGGCGACGCGCCCCUCGCCGAGGCGGUCCAAAAGCUCAACAUCCUGCGCAACCUCCUCGAGCGCGCCGACUACGAGGCCUUCUGGGAGACGCUGAACUCCGACGACCUGUACGCGGACUUGUACGCCGAUGUGUCGGGCUUCGAGGAGCUGAUGCGGGUGCGGAUUGCGGUUACGGUCAGCCAGGCGGUUCGGGAGGUUGAGAGGGGGGUGCUUGAGGGCUGGUUGAAUCUGCGCGGGCAGGAGUUCGAGCAUUUCGUGGGCGAGGUUUGUGGGUGGAGUGUUGAGGGUAGCGGGGUCAAGGUGCCGCUGAACAAGGAGAAUGAGGCCAAGGGGACGGUUGUGAGGGAGAAUGUGAAGUUUAAUCAGUUCUCAAGACUGAUCCGCAGGGCGUACGAGCAACCUGCAUGA